CACCUGCCUUCCUUUCAUCGUUUAAUAUAUAACAGCCAUUUGCAGAAGACCUUACUAAGCCGGGCCACUGCGCAGUCCAAUCCUUCGCCUCCCACCUUGGCUGGAACGUGCGACGGAUUCGUCCCCAAAAUAAUGAUGCUUUAGUGGCAGGAGUAACACAAGUUUGUCAUUGUCCAGAGAAAGAGGAUCCUGUGUGCGGUUCUUACCCGGUUCAGCAGAACGAGUGGCGUCCUUCUGACCAUGCUAGCGCUCAGGUUGUGACAUUUUCUGGCACAGUGGGAGACCCGCGCUCUGACCCCGCACAUCAAGCGACACUUUAGGGACCUACUGCUUUUUUGGCUGCUGCUGCUGCUUCUAGAACUGGCCGCAGUGCCCCUACCCACCCAGGCUAGCUCCAUCCACUUAGCACGUUUGACUUUGUCUGCGGAUCAUCUGAGAGUCGGUCUUGUAAAUGUUCAGCAUUUCGCUGCUUUCCUGCCUUUUUCUGGGGACUGUGCCAGCACUUGCCCAGACCGGCGGAGAGAGGAGGCUGAGCCCAGAAAAGUGCGAAAUAUGGGGGCCAGGGCUAAAAGCAGACGUGGUCCUUCCAGCCCGCUAUUUCUACAUUCGGGCAAUGGAUACCUCAGGAGAACAGUUCACAUCUUCUCCAGGUGAAACGGUGUUCCAGGUUAAAAUCUCAGCACCUGAUGAGCAAUUCACUAGAGUUGGUGUCCAGGUUUUAGACCGAAAAGAUGGGUCCUUCAUAGUGAGAUACAGAAUGUAUGCAAGCUACAAAAGUCUGAAGAUAGAAGUCAAACACAACGGUCAGCAUGUGGCUCAGUCUCCUUAUGUUUUAAGAGGGCCAGUUUACCAUGAGAACUGUGACUGCCCUUUGGAAGACAGUGCAGCCUGGCUACGGGAGAUGAACUGUCCAGAAACCAUCGCUCAGAUUCAGAAAGAUCUGGCACAUUUCCCUACUGUUGAUCCUGAAAAGAUUGCAGCAGAAAUCCCAAAACGAUUUGGACAAAGGCAGAGCCUGUGUCAUUAUACCUUAAAGGACAACAAGGUUUAUAUCAAGACUCAUGGUGAGCAUGUUGGCUUUCGGAUUUUCAUGGAUGCCAUACUACUUUCAUUGACUAGAAAGGUGAGGAUGCCAGAUGUGGAGUUUUUUGUCAAUUUGGGAGACUGGCCUUUGGAAAAAAAGAAAUCAAAGCCAAACAUCCAGCCGAUCUUUUCCUGGUGUGGCUCCACAGAUUCCAGGGAUAUUGUGAUGCCUACCUAUGACCUGACUGACUCUGUUCUAGAAACCAUGGGCCGAGUAAGUCUGGAUAUGAUGUCGGUACAAGCUAACACAGGGCCUCCCUGGGAAAGGAAGAACUCCACAGCUGUCUGGAGGGGCCGUGACAGCCGCAAAGAGAGACUAGAGCUGGUAAAACUUAGCAGAAAACACCCAGAGCUCAUCGAUGCUGCUUUCACCAAUUUCUUCUUCUUCAAACACGACGAGAGCUUGUAUGGGCCCAUCGUGAAACACAUUUCAUUUUUCGAUUUCUUCAAGCACAAGUACCAAAUAAAUAUUGAUGGUACUGUGGCAGCGUACCGCUUGCCAUAUCUACUGGUAGGCGACAGCGUGGUUCUAAAGCAGGACUCCAUCUACUAUGAACACUUCUACAAUGAGCUGCAGCCUUGGAAACACUACAUUCCAGUCAAAAGCAACCUGAGCGAUCUGCUGGAAAAGCUUCAGUGGGCAAAAGAUCAUGAUGCAGAGGCAAAGAAGAUAGCAAAAGCAGGACAAGAAUUUGCAAGAAAUAAUCUAAUGGGUGAUGAUAUAUUCUGUUAUUACUUCAAACUUUUCCAGGGCUAUGCCAACUUACAAGUGAGCAAGCCACAAAUUCGAGAGGGUAUGAAGAGGGUAGAGCCACAUUCUGAGGAUGACCUCUUUCCUUGCACGUGCCAUAGGAGAAAGACCAAAGAUGAACUCUGAUAUGCAAAGUAUCUUCUAUCCAAAUGAUGGUGCUCUGAAGACUCUUCUUACUGUAGAGAAGAUCUUUUUAAGUAUUAGUUCCAAAAACAAUGUAAAGUCUAGUGGUGACUGUUUGCAUGCUCAGAGUGUUUCUUCCUAUGCAGUAUUCCCAUGACUGUCUUUUACAGAACAUUUUUAAAUUUUUAUAAUAAAACCACCUUUAAGGGACUAUUUUGUACCAAUUAUUAGCUAUGAAUAGAAAAAGGAAAGUCUGGGUCCUUGAUUCUGGCCUGCUGACUGCUUGCUCUGAAUCAAAUAGACCUCCAAAAACAAAACAAAACCCAGCCAAUUAUGGUUGUUCAUGCCUGUA